AGCCACGGUAGAGAAAAAUGAAAAAAUUAUGAAUCAGUACUUAUCAUCUUCACGCCUCAUCUCUUUCCAUUAAUAUUCAGCAGUUUGCUGCUAUCACGAAGUCGGAUGAAUAUGUUUCGCUAAUUUUCUGCCACGUUUUUCUGAUUCGUGCCUCCGGACGACGAACUUUUACACGGUCGGUGUCUGAAAAACUGGACUUCUGUAGUAGCAGCACUGCUAUCUUCGCCACCGUUGGUUUCGCGAAAGCGAUUAGGCGCUCGUCCCUGCUCCUCUGCAUCACCAGCUUUCGUCAGAUCCUGUGCCGAAGCCACUGACCUGUAGAAAAUUGGACCAGCCAGGAGUUCGACGCCCAGGGUUGACGCGGACGACGUGAUGAUCCGAAGCUGAAAUACCUCCCGUUAGCGAAGUAAUCCGAUUCGGACGGAAAAAAGAGCAUCGUUAAAGCGCAUUGCGUGUAGUUGCGGUAGCUGAGUUUCCGCAUUUGGACUUUUCUCCGCGCGACGCGUUUGUCCGAGGCCUCUUCGUCGACAUUCUGGGUCGUCACGCGCAAUAAAGGUUAGUAGCAAAGUCUUCACUGCGCCAAACGCUACACCUACCAGAGACGCGAGCAACUACGUGGGACACCUUGCCUUUUCAGCUUUUCCUGCAGUUCGGCCUGACCGUUGCUGGAUGCAGCUGCAGCUGAGCGUGUAGGGGUCGAUUUCAUCUCUACAGGAACCCCUUGGUGACGUGUUUCGACGAAAAACCCACUCGCGUACUUACUCCUGCUGGAUCGCGGGUCCUUCGCGAUUCAGUCAAAUCCGCGUGGUUUGCGCAAGACAAACUGUUGGAUCUUCAAGAGUCACUGCGCUGUCUGUGCAGUGUCAGUCGUUUUUUGCGACGAGCUCUUGCGUGAUAGGACGCAGCAUCGUUCGCGGACCACUCUGUCGUCCCGGACACCAGUGAUACAUCAUGGGUGCAGAAAAGCCGAGUAGCACGAGCGGGCCCAGCAGCGGGGCCAUGGGCGCCAAAGAACGAAUGAGCAAGACUUUCACGGUAUCUCCGGGGAGCGCGUGGACGAGCCUAGACCAGAGUUGGCACGAUCUUGUGUCGAAAUCAGAAGUUGUACAUUUUGAUAUGGCAUGGCGGACAAAGAUAAUACUUAUCUGAUAUUUUGAAAGCAUGACUCGAUAAGCAUAGGUUGCCCAAUGAGGAUACCUAAUGUAUAGAAGACAACCUACCAUGCCAGUGCUGGUGCCGGGACACCUUUCCACUGCAUACAUGGCGGGCUUUCCAGCGCAGUCCUUCAAAACCGAUGGCUUCGUUCCGAACUACGACACGUUCGUACCCAGGGAAAAAAGUCGUGGGUGCGAGUCAGUAUCGGCCUGUGUGGGAAAAGUGAUGUCAUGAAGUAGAUGUGCUGUCACAUUCACUGUGGAGGUGGCCAUGCACAAAAUCUAACCGUAUUGAAGACUACUUGUUCGUUUAUGUGCGAGUUUGUCCUCCGGAUCCGGUGCAUGCAAUUUUUGGGAAUAAGUCAACAUUAUUCGUCCAUAAGUCGUGCUAAUAACUAGCACCUACGCACUUUUGAAUUUUGAUAGCAGGGACAUCAGCACCACAAGAAUCCGUUUCGAGACAAGACGAAAUUUGAGGAGGAGAAGGAAAACAACUACUGGAAAACGGCUUGUCCCUGGGGUAUAAUCAAGACGAUAAAUUAUAUCCUGUGACAUGUAACCCUGUGACAGGAUUGGUCUUGACUUGAAUGAGAAUAUCGUGGAGUGUGCUGUGCAUGAUGGGCAAGCUCGGGUUUCUACCUUAGUGAGCAUGCGCCUGCCAGAUCAUGCCUUCACUUAGUGUGCCGAGGGCUGCUUUUGAGUAGACUGCAAUUUUUAGACACGUAUUCAGAUGAAAUCUCGUUUCACAUCACAACAGGUACCAAUGCGAAGCAUCAGGUUAAUCCCACACGAACAAUAUGGCGAAAAAGAAACCUGAACCUCGGACAAUACCAUCAUGAUCACACAGGAAUGUUGCAUUUUGUAUGGUGAAAACCAUUGACGUUGUAAGUGCAAUCACAGCUCCUGCUCAGGGUCAGGAAAUGAAAUCGUUUGACUUUCCUAAAGCUCAGAUGCUGAUGCUUACAGAUUCCCAUUCCACCACACAUCCUAAAGUUGAUGAGAUUCCCAUGGUAAAACUAAAAGUUUUGUCAUCAGGUCCCUUUUCUCGCAGGAUAACGGAUGUUAAUGGAAAGCCGAAAGCAGCAGGCCGUUCCCCACAUUUCGUAUGACAUCGACGGAGAUGGCGUCGUGGGCGCGCGUGACUACUUCAUCGGGAAAAGCUACGAGAAUGUACGCAGGUGUGAGAUCGUUCCAGAAAAAAUGCAGACGUCUGCGAGAAGACAGGCAGGUUUUGGCUAUGUCGCGCGAGACCGCAGAGUUCUUUGUCGUGUCUGUCAUGCACUAUAACGAGGACGUUGUUUACAAUUACAUUUACUAGCCAUAUAGUUACAUCUUCUGUCAUGUUGAUGCUAUCCUUUUCGCAUUCGCUUAAGAGUUGUUUCAUGCGCAAGACAGCUGUGGUGCGUGAGUGACAACGGACGGCUUUCAGCAGGCAAGGUCUACAGAGUUCUUUCUUCAUUGCCGGUUUCUCACCUGAAACCGUCAUAAAAGUUUCGACCACGACCGCGAUGACCGAUUGAACGAGCAGGAGCGCAAGGAAGCCAUCAAGGCACUGAAGAACGGGUGGCUCGACCAGUACGGGAUAGAUCCGCACUUGAGAGGCAGUAGCAUGAAGGUAUUUGGCGAUUUGCAUGCGAACGUAUCGAUAAAGACAAAAGGGGUUUUAAUGUCUCCGCGUAUUGUAACUGUUGUAAAUAAACGCUGCCCGGAAUCCGAAUCAGUAUGAGGAUGCGCCGCUUGUGGGUACAAGACGUGGGAGAGACGCAUACCCAAGAAGAAAGGGCGUCUUCUAGAUCGAGAGCUCAAACAUUGUGCCUCUCAUGCCUCUCAUUUCAUAUCCCGUUUUCUUUUGGUCACGACCAAGCCGGAAGCAAGCGACCGUAUCCGGUACUGAUUUUUACCAGACUGAUUGAUUGUUUUUUGGAAGGGCAUCAGCGGGUUGUUCGAGUACUAGAAAAUCAGAAAGAGAUGAAACAUUAUUUUUGCAUGAUUUUAAUAGAAGCAGUGUGCGGCGUUUUUUGCUGCGAUAAGACAGAUGUGAUGGAAACGUCUUCCUCUUCCACUCAACAGAUUGUGCAGCGGCGGGGUAAAAUCAUGAACAUUGACAACGGUGUAUCAAAAGGAAAAAUCCCCCCUCCCCAUAUCGAAAUGGAAAUCUGUGAUGCAGGAUUUGGGUACACAUAUCGGAUCUGUCUUGCGGUAAGGCAUCGCAGCCAGCUCCUCGGCCUAGGUAGGGGCGUAUAGGUCUAGUUGCUUAGCAUUGCAAACGGGUGCCCCCUAGGCGCAACAGCAUGCCAAAUCGCUUCCAUAAUGGUGCGGAAGCCUCUGCGCCUGUCUUCUUGCAAGACAGACGUGAUUUGUGACCUCAAAUCAGCAACACAAAUUUUCGGAGACAUACCUUUUCGAUAUGGGGAGGGGGGAUUUUUCCUCUCAAUACGGUGCGGUGAUGCAGGAAACCUACCCUCCGCACUGGUAUCAAAUGUAAAAAUGUCUGGGUCUGGAAAGGUGGAACUUGUGAUGCUGCAUUUGGAUGUCAAAAAAAUCUGUUUUGCAUGAGCUGCAGAAGGAGUCUAAUUUUUGUUACGCAGAGAGGGCAUCUGUCAUGCGGAAUAGGCAUCAAGAAUCCCUCAAAAAGCCUGUGAUGCUAGAGCAUGCAUCACAGACAUCAUGGCUCAUGCAAAACGUGCAUGACAGGUCUCAAAAUCUUCCAGACCCAGACAUAUUUGCAAUUGAUAACUGGAAUGCCGAUGUGAAGCCGAAGCACCGCACGUUUACCGAAAUCCAAAAUGACCGGACAGCCGAACUGAAGAUGGCAGCCAACGAUGCUAUCAAUAAGUGGUGUGACGACAACCCGCGGGUAAGAGCUUUAUGUUUAUACCUCUUGUAUGAAGCUGUAUCCAUCGACUUCAAAUGUUGAUACUGAUAGAACUCAGAGUUUAUGAUUUACUUUCGUAUUCCUGUGAGUUCGCGGCAUUUGUUCUAUGUAGAUAGAUGUUCGUCCUCUUCUGACUUAAAUAAAUGCAGAUGGUGCACGAGCUUCCGGUGGAGCAGGAAUUUUCGGUGAAGAACCCGCCAAUACAAAGAAUAAGCGACAGGGCGGAAGCCGAGCAUCAGCAAGCGCGCGUCCGUGCGGGCCUGCAGCCCAUCCCAACGUACAGAUUUUGCUUUGCUUUAUCUAGCCCGAAGGAGACCAGCAGUCCCCGUCGGAGAACGCUGGACGUAGCAGCAGAUCAGUGGCAAGUGUGGGAUUCGAAAUAUUCGAUGUUGGAAAUAAGUAGGAGAGUGAAAUGGUUUUGCACAGGUUCAUUAAUCCGGAUCGCGAGAUGCGUACACCAAGUUUAGAAUACAACGAGGAUCCGGAGUUUAAGUCACGCAAGGAGAUGCUGGAGGUACGGCGCGCGUUGAAAGUUGCCGACCUCGAGGCGCAACGGAGGCACGGAGAAGAAAACUACAUUCCGCUUUCCGUCCGCAAGUCGAAGUACGAAAUGGCGGCAACCAAGUUCCGUGCCAGCCAGAAAAACGAAAAAACAUUCUCGCAAUUGUACUUUGAUGAUUUGCGUAUAGUAGUCAUUUCAUUCAUGAUGUUACACGUGAGCGUUGGCGAAAGCUCAGCUGAUGUAGAGAAUCUCUACCAACUGGCACUACGCGCAUAUUCACAGGAAAGAGCAGCGCAGGCGCGAGCGCAUCGAGUAUGACAGGCGGCACUUUGGAACGAACGAUAGAACAGAGUAUCGCUAUUCGGAUCAGGAUCAGUACUGGUUUGAUCUGGUGCAAAGGGUAACGAACCCCGCGGCACUCGAAAAGGUGCACGGCAAGACCAAGAACGACUUCCAGCGGGCGCGCAGCGUCCCGGCACCAUGUCUGAAGAUCACAGAGCAAGUAUCCCACGGGACAUUUUGUUGAUGCCGAGGCCAACAAGUUGGAGAACAUCUGAAACCUCUCGUGGCCGAGCUGCGCAUUUGUAGUCUUGCAUUUUGACGAGUCAAGCAUCAGUGUUGGUGCGCCAAUCAAUCUUUCCAAAUAAAAAUAAUCGACGCAAGGCAAUCGCAUCGCAAGUUCGCCCUAAUUCGAACUGGGAUGCCAGCUGGUUGCUUGUAUGUUGUUUCUUGCAUGUUCUUGCAGCGUUUUUUUGAGUCACUGUAAGUUUCGUCAGAUAUGCAUUGUGAGUCUGCCCGGGCGUCGUGCAUCAGUUUUCGUCGCGAUACUCGAUACCCUACGAAAGAGAAACGGAAAUUCAGCCGCAGGACGAGAACAUCGACCUUCCCGACAGCAUCGAGGGCUCGGUACGCAUUUCUGUUUGGUCAGUAAGAACCAAUCCACGCGGCGUGCGCCGCGUGGGAAAAAAUAAAGCAGCUCUUCAGCGUAGGCCCCAUUUUAAUGCCCGUCUGUCCUGAAAAAUUUUCGCGCUCGGCUUUGUCGGGUCUAAUAAAGUGGCCGCGUUUGGCUUCUCUCGAAGUGGCCAAAUUCGAGAGAAAACAAAGACGGCCAGGUCUGGCUUCGUCUCUACUGAGGCCCAGACUAACAAACAAGCAACGAGGUCGCUUCUCGCUUUACAAUAGUGGCCAGCUUUGGCGGCUUUUAUUUCGGAGGCCCGGCCAGAUCAGAAAGAAACCAGGAAAGGGCUCGCCUGUUGUCCGCUACCUAGCCAGGCCUCGCUUUUUGCUUUUACAAAAGCGGGCAGCUUUGGUUUCUUGUCAAAGUGCCAGGCGCUUCCUGAGCGACGGGAAUCGCGACAGCAGUGCGCGAAGCAUCUAAAUGCGAACGAGGCCCAGUCGCGCUCUUUCCACGCGGCGCGUUAGUCGCAGAAGACGUUUUUUGGGUUCGCAAGAUUGCGGAAAGCUGCAGAAAGCCUUCAGAAGAUUUUUGGACCUUCAAAAGAACUGCAACCUUCUGAAGGCCUUCAGGAAGGUUUUUUGACCUUCUGAAGGUCAAAAAAAAACUCGCGACUUUUUGCAAUUUUUUUUGUAAAAAACGCCAUUUUUUUCGUUCGGCCUUCAGAAGGUUGCAAAAAUUGCACCUUCAGAAGGUGAAAAACCUUCAGGAAGGUCAAAAAUGAACAGCUGACAAACCUUCAGAAGCUUUUGUGCAUCAAAAUUCUUCUGAAGGUUUCAAAAACCUUCCUGAAGGUCAAAAUUCGACAAAAGCUUCUGAAGGUCUGAAAAAAAAAAAUAAUUUGCUCGAAACAGGACCUGAAUCCGUUCCGAUUUUGUGUCUUUUUCAAAACAGCCAUUUUUGAACCUUCAGAAGAUUUUUGUUUUCUUCUGAAGGUUCUUCUGAACAUCGACCUGCCCGACAGCAUCGAGGGCUCGGUACGCAUUUCUGUUUGGUCAGUAUGUUGAUUGGGAUUGACGAGCAAACCCUACUUCUUCUUCCCCUUGAUGACUUCUUAAGUAUUCCCCUUGGUUGAAUAAGUAGUGUCUUCGUGCUUCUUGGUCAUCGAGUGAGAAAGCACGGAGUAGAACAUGUCCAAGAGUUUAUAAAUAUGUUGAAACAACAAAAACGAACGCAGAACAUCCAAGAACGCAAGAGCCGACUGAAAUCUUGGAACCCGGGUGGAAUCACGAAGUACAAGUACACGACAGAAGUGAUCAAGUCCGGAGGUUUGAAGAACGCACCGCGACUGUUCGAUACCUUGCAGCCCGAGAAACUCAGCUAUCCAAAUAAAGAAAAAGCGCACUAUUAAUAUUUGCUGUUUCGUUUCUAUUUUUUCGUGGCAGCCGUGCUGCAUCAGAGCGAAUUACGUUGCUGUCUGAUGUGAUGCUGAUCAUCUAUCGUCAUGUGUGCCUGGCUGUGUUGUGGCAAAUAGAGUAACUAUUGGCGCUCCAAGGAAAAUAAAACGGGGGAGAAUCUGCACCAGCCUCCUAGCGAGAUACACAAAGGAUUGUGGUAGUACAUCCUGUGAUUGUGGACUGUUCUCUGUUGGAUAUCGCUGCCGUUGACUUCAUACCACUCGAGACGUAUUCCAGCUUCAACGUUAUCCGCCACGACGCCAUGAAAAAGCACGCGGAGUUGAAAGCUCACACAAAAGCGCACGGCAUGGUAAUGUUCGUUUGUAUGAUGUCAGGAUGAUUUUGAUUCCUCUUCGGGAGAAGCCUAUGGGCUAGUAGGAAUUUUUUGAAUUCAUCAAUUCAUAUUGCAUGAGCUUCUGCAUCUGCUGCUACUCGCAUCAUAAAAAAACAGAAAUCGCGGCUGCUUGCAGACAAUAACGUUGCCGGGGGGACACACAAAAACGAUGCUACGGCGAUAGGCAGAAGCAGUGCGGGAGCAACGGUGUCACUCAGCGGGACGCAAAGUCAAAACCGAUCUGAAUUCAACCCAAGCAUGGUAGUUGCGAGCGACACACGCGUUGGCGCACCAAUGAUGGAUCGGACAACGACGUUGUGGAGAGUAUAGUCAGAAAUUUCACUGUAGAUGAUCGCUUUUACCGUUGACUAGGUCGAUGAAGAGAAGCAGUAAAUAAAUCAAAGCGAAUUUCUACGAACAAAUUCAGUAAAGCAGAAAAUCGGAGUCUGGUAGUGGUAUCUUGGUAAAUCUAAAACACAACAGGCGAAUACGACGGGCCAUAAGUCGGUGCCACACUUCAAGGCAGAAGAUUUUGGCGUGCGUACAGGUGGAUUCCAUAUCUUGUGCAAAAGUGUCGUACGCACCAGAAUCACCAGAUUGCAACAGGAAUGACAAACUUGCCUUUAAGGUCAUGCAUUCGACGGCACUAGCUCUAGAACCGCUCCCAUAUUGGCGGUGUCAAGUGCGAAGCAGUCCCUGACAUGCAUUUUUUUUCUGUUUUUCCAUGCGCUAAAUUGUUUUUACAUGCGCGAGUGCGAAGACGGACGGCUAGGACACUUUUGCCGGGCAUAUUGUAGCGGUUAGAGCAAGUGGAGACCCUGAAGGGCGAACCGCUUGGGAUAACAAAUCGCGACGCGCUCAAGACGAGGUAG